UAAUUAAUGUUAUUGUGUCAGUUUGCUGGGGCAAUACGGUCAUAUAAACUUUGUCGAAGCUCAGCUAUACACUGUAUCAGUAAAUAAAUACUGUCUAUAAGCUUACUGAUCAGUAAUUACCAAUUGCUAUGUCCAUGCCCUUGUAAAAUUACUGAUUUCAUCCUUGAUAGAGUCAGAUAUAAAGAUUAAGGAGAGUUCAUUGUUGCUUUUGCUUCUUCUUUAUCAUCUCUGCCAAUAUUAGUCAUCUUCUAGAAUCUCGGCUAUUAUCUUUGCUUCAAAAUGUCUACUUCACAUCAAGAUGUAUCUUUCCAAACGUUUGAUGGAGUGACCCUGAAAGGCUGGUUCUUUCAAGCAAGCGCAGAAAAAAGUCCAUGUAUUAUCAUGACCCACGGGGUAUGUUUGAUGGAUGAUGUUGGGAAGAAAUGCUUGAAGUCUUGAACUAUGACUAAUAAGGCUCAAUGUUAGAUUACGGCCCUCAAAGAACACUUUCUUGAUAACUUUGCACUCGAAUUCCAGAAAGCGGGUUUCAGUGUCUUGGUCUUCGAUAAUCGCGGCUUCGGAGAAAGCGGUGGUCGCAGAUACGAUGCCGAUCCUGUCAAAUUCCAGGAUGACUAUAUCGAAGCCUUUGACUAC